UCCCUCUUAAGACAAUCCUCCGCCAAGGCAGAGCCCAGACAUAAAAAGGUCGGGCUGGCUGGAAAAACCAUCACCUCUGCUGUGUGGUGGACUCAGAGCACCAACGCCAUGGCCAGCCCCAGUCUCGCUUGCUGCCUGCUUUGCCUAGUGGCUCUGGCCUCUGCCUGCUACAUCCAGAACUGUCCCCUGGGCGGCAAGAGGGCUGCACUGGACAUGGACAUUCGCAAGUGCCUCUCCUGCGGCCCCAAAGGCGAAGGGACCUGUUUCGGGCCUUACAUCUGCUGCCAUGAGGAGCUGGGCUGCUACAUCCGCACCACAGAGACUCUACCCUGCCUGAAGGAGAGCAACCUGCCCACGCCCUGCCAGUCGGAUGCAGGGAAUUGGGCCACUGCGUCACCCUGGGAUCUGCUGCAAUUUGAGUGA